UGGAUCUGAGCUGCGCAUCCGUGUGGAUUCAUCUCGCGCCUCAUUGUCAUUCACUCCGCGUUCACGUGCUCGUGUGCAUGUGGAUGCGCUUCGCAUUUCGAUUCGAUUUCUGCAUCUCGACGUGACUCAGAUUUGCUUCUUUUAUUUGCAAAACACCAAUCCCGAGGGAGAUGACCGCGGUUGCCCGGACAGCCUACAAUCCCUCAAGUAUUUGUUCCUUCGCGGAGUCCUGAGGACGCAGACGCGCAUCGCGCGGUGUGGGAGGAUGCUGCCUCGCUGAGGAUCCUGACACAUGGCUGUGAUGCUCCAGGAUCAUCUCCUUCAUCAUGUCUCCAGCGGCUCCGGUGACGGACAGCAGUGCUGCUGAUGUCCUCCACGAGCAGACGGACGCGCCGCGGGAAGCGCAACGGCCCGUAAAACAGUCACUGAGCAAGUCCCUGUGCCGCGACUCGCACUGGAAAUGCCUCCUUCUCUCACUGCUGAUGUACUGCUGCGUGAUCGCGAUGACCUGGUGCCAGGUCACGAAGGUCACGCGCCUCACCUUCGACAGUGCUUUCAAGGGCAAGUCCAUGCUGUACCAUGACAGUCCCUGUUCCAACGGCUACAUCUACAUCCCGGUGGCCUUCCUCGUCAUGCUCUACAUGGUUUACCUGGUGGAGUGUUGGCACUGCUACUCGCGCAACGAACACCAGUUUAAAGUAGACCUGGAGAGCAUCGCCGAGCGCGUGCAACGCAUGCAACAAGCCACGCCGUGCAUCUGGUGGAAGGCUGUAAGUUACCACUACAUACGCCGGACGAGACAAGUGACGCGGUAUCGCAACGGCGACGCCUACACGACCACGCAGGUUUACCACGAGCGCGUCAACACGCACGUCGCGGAGGCCGAGUUCGAUUACGGGAACUGUGGGGUUAAAGACAUCUCGAGACACCUCACAGGACUGGAAGGCUUUCCGGUGACUAAGCUGCGCUUCACUAAGUGCUUUAGUUUCGCCAAUGUUGAAUCCGAGAACUCCUAUUUGACGCAAAGAGCGCAGUUCUUCACCGAGAACGAAGGACUGGAUGAUUAUAUGGAAGCGCGUGAAGGGAUGCAUCUAAAAAACGUCGAGUUUAAGGAAUACAUGCUUGCCUUCGCAGAUCCAGAUGGCUUGCCUUGGUAUGCGUCGCAGUGUAGCUUCUGGUUGGCGGCGGCGUUGACUUUAUCCUGGCCGUUGCGGGUCUUGACAGAGUACCGCACGGCCUACGUUCACUAUCACGUGGAGAAGCUUUUCGGGUUCGACUACGUCGCUGUUACGCCUCUGGAUGAGCGUCCGUUUUGCCGUCACAUCCCGCGGGUCAACACCAUCGACAGCACAGAGCUCGAGUGGCACAUUCGUUCCAACCAACAGCUGGUUCCCAGUUACUCCGAAGCCGUGCUCAUGGAUCUGGCGCAGCAGUCCAGCUGCAACACGUUCUCGCCGCGUGGGAUCGGCGCAGCCGGCGGAAACGGCUUCGGUGGAUACCGGCAGAACUGCGAACGCUGCCAUCGCUCCAUCAGCAGCUCGUCGAUCUUCUCGCGCAGCGCGUUGAGCAUCUGCAACAGCAGCAGUCCGCGCUUGCCUUUCAGCGGAAGUCGGUUCUCGCUAGGCCGUCUGUACGGCUCACGCCGCAGCUGUCUUUGGCGAAGUCGCAGUAGUAGCCUGAACGAUCCCAGCUGUCCGACGGAAAGCACGCGGUGCCUGGCCGGUCAGUCGGCCAAUGAGGAGAGCCCACCUUCACCGCCGGCCUAUCAGGACGCGCUGUAUUUUCCCGUACUGAUUAUUCACCGCAACGAGGGCUGCGCCGGUCAUGAUCACCAUUCACUGCACCGCAACGGAUCCUGCGUGGAGACUUCGUUAUAGGGUUAGCAUAAGGACGAGAACACAAACCUGGUGUUCUUAAGUAUUUGCAAAAUGAACAGACUGGUACAGAAAUGUUUGUAAGAAUCUUUACU